UCAUUUGAUACAAAUGGCGGAUGUUGUAUGUGAAAAGCGCCAAGUACUUGCAAAAAGUUGUCAAUAAAAAUUUAAAUAAUAUUAUUAAUAGAUAUAUUUGUUUCUUGGUUAUUUCCAGGAAAUCUCUGUGAGUGAGUAUUGAUAUAACAAUGGCAUCUGAUGAAGAGGUGGAGGAAUCCUUUGCCGCAGAAGAAGAUGCUGGUGAAGAAGGUUCAGGGAAUCAAAUAGAAAAUGAGCCAGAAUCUGAAGAUGGAGCUCCCAAAGAAGUGGAAGAGGAUGAUGACUAUGAACCAGAUGACAGUAGGAAACGUAAGAAGGGUAAGAAACGAAAAGCCCGAGGGGAAGACAAGAAAGGCAAAAAGAAGAAGAAAAAAAAGAAAAAUGAUAGUGGUGAUGAGAGUGAUUUUGGUGUGGAAGAAGAGAACGGUGGUGACUCUGACUAUGGGUCAAGUAGGAAGAGCAGAAAGUCUAGGGGUUCUACUAAGCAUUCUGCACCUCCAACACCUGUUCAAGAAAGCAGUGCUGCAUCAGGAGGAAUGCCCACCAUUGAUGAAGUCUGUUCAACUUUUGGACUAACGGAUGUUAACUUGGAAUAUUCAGAAUCAGAUUUUCAAAAUUUGACUACAUAUAAACUUUUCCAACAACAUGUCAGACCUUUACUUGCUAAGGAAAACCCAAAAGUUCCAAUGUCGAAACUUAUGAUGUUGGUAGCUGCAAAAUGGAGAGAAUUCUCGAACAUUAACCCCCAUUUACAACAGGAACAAGCAGCUGCAAGUACUUCAGAACCUGAAUAUUCAAAACCCACAAGGCCAAGAACAUCAACUGCCAAGAUGGAGGAAUAUGAUGAUGAAGAUGAAGAGGAUGACGAUGAAGAUAGUAAAAAGAGGAAAAGAAGUUCCAGGGGAAAGAAGGGUGGAAAAAAAACUUCCAAAGUCCCCACUCUCAAAAUAAAACUUGGAAAAAGGAAGAGAGGAAGUUCAGAUGAAGAAGGUGAAGGCAGCAAUGCAGGAUCUGACAGAGAUUCUGAUGCAGAGUUUGAGCAGAUGCUUCAGGAUAAUGAUGAUAAGGAAGAUAAGAAGGCGGCAGAAGAAACUAAAGAAGAAGAAGGCAGUGAAGCUCAAGAAGAAGCCACCCCUCUUCCCAAAAAGAAGGCUAAAACAAAGUUUGGUAGCAAGAGUAAAAGAAGGAGGAGAACAACCAAAAAAGAGGAAGAGCCCUAUGAGCAUCAGGAUUAUUGUGAGGUUUGUCAGCAGGGCGGGGAAAUUAUUCUUUGCGACACAUGCCCGAGAGCUUAUCACUUAGUUUGUCUUGAGCCUGAACUCGAAGAAGCCCCCGAGGGCAAAUGGAGCUGUCCCCAUUGUGAGAACGAGGGCCCUGCCGAUCAAGACGACGAUGAGCAUCAAGAAUUCUGCAGAAUCUGCAAAGAUGGAGGAGAGCUUCUUUGUUGCGAUUCUUGUCCUUCUGCCUAUCAUACCCACUGUCUCAAUCCGCCCCUUACCGAAGUUCCCGACGGCGACUGGAAGUGUCCGAGAUGCGGAUGUCCUCCCCUCAAGGGAAAAGUGGCCAAGCUGUUGACCUGGAAAUGGGUAGAGGACAAAUCUAAGGAAGGGGACGACAAGGGAAGGGUUACGAGAAGACGAGAGUUUUUCGUCAAAUGGCACGAGAGAUCUUACUGGCAUUGCGACUGGAUCACUGAACUGCAGCUCGACGUGUAUCAUCCCCUCAUGUUCAGGAUAUACACGAGAAAGUACGACAUGGAGGAACCGCCGAAACUAGAGGAGCCGAUUGACGACAACGAUCUACGCGCCAAAAGGAUUCUUUCAAUGGGAGGUUCGAAAGACGAGGAUCUCGAAGAAAGAUUCUACAGAUACGGAGUGAAACCGGAAUGGUUAGUCGUUCACCGUGUUAUAAAUCAUCGAACUAUGAGAGACGGACGUACCCUUUAUCUGGUGAAAUGGAGGGAACUACCUUAUGAUCAAGCAACGUGGGAAGAAGAGUCUGAUGAAAUUCCCGGAUUGAAACAGGCCAUUGAAUAUUACAUGGAUCUCCGUGCGGCCUAUACGGGCAACAAGAAGAAAAAGGGCAGGAAGGGAAAAACUCGCGAACUGAUGGACGACGAGGAAAAAACUGCAGUUAGACGUUAUACUCCCCCACCGGAAAAACCUACAACGGAUCUGAAGAAAAAAUACGACAAACAACCGAUUUAUCUAGACGAAUGCGGCAUGCAGCUCCAUCCGUACCAAUUGGAAGGUCUGAACUGGUUGAGGUAUUCAUGGGGCCAGGGUAUCGACACAAUAUUAGCCGACGAGAUGGGUCUGGGAAAAACCAUUCAGACCAUCACUUUCUUGUAUUCGUUGUACAAGGAAGGACAUUGCAAAGGCCCGUUCUUAGUCUCCGUACCACUUUCCACAAUCAUAAAUUGGGAAAGAGAAUUCGAAACGUGGGCCCCAGAUUUUUAUGUGAUAACCUACGUUGGGGACAAGGAUUCCAGAGCGGUCAUCCGCGAAAACGAGUUGAGUUUCGAAGAGGGUGCCUGUAAGGGAGGCCGUCCUUCGAAAAUCAGGGCUUCCUCUGUUAAGUUUAACGUUUUAUUGACCAGUUAUGAGCUGGUUUCUAUUGAUGCGGCUUGUUUGGGUUCCAUCGAAUGGGCAGUGCUGGUAGUGGACGAAGCUCACAGAUUGAAGAGUAAUCAGUCGAAAUUUUUCAGAUUGUUAAACGGUUAUAACAUCGCUUACAAAUUGUUGCUCACCGGAACGCCGCUACAGAACAAUUUAGAAGAAUUGUUCCACUUGUUGAACUUCUUGAACAGUCAGAAAUUCAACGAUCUGGCUAGUUUCCAAAACGAAUUCGCCGACAUCUCCAAGGAAGAUCAGGUGAAGAAGUUGCAUGAGAUGUUGGGACCGCACAUGCUUCGGCGUUUGAAAGCUGACGUACUGAAAAAUAUGCCCUCAAAGUCGGAAUUUAUCGUACGAGUUGAACUUUCCCCCAUGCAGAAGAAAUACUAUAAAUACAUCCUAACCAGGAACUUUGAAGCUUUAAAUCCGAAAGGUGGUGGACAAUCGGUAUCUUUGCUCAACAUCAUGAUGGAUCUCAAAAAGUGUUGCAAUCAUCCUUAUCUGUUCCCUGCCGCUUCAGAAGAGGCCCCCGUAGGCCCUCAAGGCAGCUACGAAGUCACAAGUUUGACCAAAGCUUCAGGGAAGUUGGUGCUACUUUCGAAAAUGUUGAAAAUUCUCAGGGAUCAGGGACACAGAGUACUUAUCUUCUCGCAGAUGACCAAGAUGUUGGAUAUUCUCGAAGAUUUUCUCGAAGGAGAAGGUUAUAAAUACGAAAGAAUUGAUGGUGCUAUAACGGGAACCGCCAGACAGGAGGCUAUCGAUCGGUUCAACGCACCUGGGGCACCUCAGUUUGUUUUCUUACUAUCCACAAGAGCUGGAGGUUUGGGUAUCAAUCUAGCGACAGCCGACACUGUAAUUAUCUACGAUUCCGACUGGAAUCCGCACAACGACAUCCAAGCCUUCUCCAGGGCUCACCGUAUCGGUCAAGCGAACAAGGUUAUGAUUUAUCGAUUCGUAACCAGGAACAGUGUUGAGGAAAGAGUGACCCAGGUGGCUAAGAGAAAAAUGAUGUUGACCCAUUUGGUCGUAAGGCCUGGUAUGGGAGGAAAAGGUUCAAAUUUCACGAAGCAGGAAUUGGACGACAUAUUGAGAUUCGGUACUGAAGAAUUAUUCAAAGAAGACGAGGGAAAAGAAGAUGAAGCCAUACAUUACGAUGACAAGGCUGUGAUGGAGUUACUCGAUCGUUCGAAAGAAGGUAUCGAGCAGAAGGAAAAUUGGGCCAACGAAUACCUCAGUUCUUUCAAAGUAGCCAGUUACGUGACUAAAGAAGGCGAUAACGAAGAAGAAGUCGACACCGAAAUCAUAAAACAAGAAGCUGAAAACACCGAUCCGGCAUAUUGGAUAAAACUGUUGAGGCACCACUACGAACAACAACAAGAAGACAUCGCUAGGACGCUUGGUAAAGGCAAGCGUGUCAGAAAACAAGUGAAUUACAACGACGGUGGCAUGACAACCGACACCCGCGAAGAUACCACAUGGCAAGAAAAUUUGUCCGACUACAAUUCCGACUUCUCUGCCGGUUCCGAUGAGGAUAAGGAAGACGACGAUUUCGAUGAGAAGAAUGACGGUACUGACCUUAGCCGUAGAAGUAGGAGGCGAAUGGAAAGGAAGGAGGAAAAAGACAGGCCUCUACCUCCCCUAUUGGCUAGAGUUGGGGGAAAUAUCGAGGUACUUGGUUUCAAUGCUAGGCAGAGAAAGGCGUUCUUGAAUGCUAUAAUGCGGUAUGGUAUGCCUCCACAAGAUGCGUUCAAUUCUCAAUGGUUAGUGAGAGAUCUCAGGGGAAAAUCAGAGAAAAAUUUCAGGGCAUACGUUUCCCUAUUCAUGAGGCAUCUUUGUGAACCUGGUGCUGACAAUGCUGAAACUUUCGCCGACGGUGUACCGAGAGAAGGAUUGAGCAGACAGCACGUUUUAACAAGAAUUGGUGUUAUGUCCUUGAUCAGGAAGAAGGUACAGGAAUUCGAGCAUAUAAAUGGAGAAUACAGUAUGCCGGAAGUUAUUAAAAAAUCAAUCUUGGAACAGAAUAAGAAAGAAGCCCAAGAUGACACAAAAAGUACGACAACCAGCACUAGUGCCACGCCAGCUACUAGCGCUGCCCCUAGUCCUGCUCCCACCCAAGUUGAAAAUGUCGAAAAAGAAAAGGAAAAAGAGGAAGAGGAUAAAGAAAAGGAAGUGAAAGUCGAAAAGGAUGAAGACAAAGAGAAAGUCAAAGAAGCCAGUGAGAAAGAAAAGGAGCAAGAAGACGUUAAAACUAACACUGAGAAAGAAGGAGAGAAGGCAGAUACUCCCCCGGAGAAAAUGGAGGUUGACGAAGAUGAUAAGGUGAAGAAAGAGUCUGAAGAAAUCAAGGAAGAACCAGAAAAAGAAAAGGAAGUCAAGCAAGAAGAAGACAAACCUACAGUUAAAAAUGAAAAUGAACCAGAGAAAAAACCUGAAGUCAAAAACGAAAAAGAUGAUGUAAUAACCAUCGAUGAAGAUAAAAAAGAUAAGAGAGCUGAAGAUGCGGAGGAGGCUAAGAAACGAUUUAUGUUCAAUAUAGCCGAUGGAGGUUUCACAGAAUUACACACUCUAUGGUUGAAUGAAGAGAAGGCUGCAACUCCAGGAAGAGAAUAUGAAAUUUGGCAUCGUAGACAUGAUUACUGGCUGUUAGCUGGAAUAGUAACUCACGGCUAUGGAAGAUGGCAGGAUAUACAAGCUGACAUAAGAUUUUCAAUCAUAAAUGAACCAUUCAAAAUGGAUGUUGGCAAAGGGAAUUUCUUGGAGAUUAAGAAUAAGUUUCUGGCUAGGCGAUUCAAACUGCUAGAACAAGCUCUUGUGAUAGAAGAACAAUUGAGAAGAGCUGCUUAUCUCAAUCUGACACAAGAUCCCAAUCAUCCAGCAAUGUCACUCAAUGCUAGGUUUGCAGAGGUCGAAUGUUUGGCUGAAUCUCAUCAACAUCUAAGCAAAGAAUCUUUGGCCGGUAAUAAACCUGCAAAUGCUGUUCUCCAUAAGGUCCUUAAUCAGUUGGAAGAACUUCUGUCAGAUAUGAAGUCGGAUGUAUCCAGACUACCAGCAACACUUGCUCGUAUACCCCCAGUAGCCCAAAGACUACAGAUGUCUGAACGGAGCAUUUUAUCAAGACUUGCAGCUACUGCAUCGUCUAACACUCAACCAGCUGCCCAAGUGAUGAGUCAAUAUCCUGCCGGCUUCAGUGCUACCAACCUUCCAGGAUUUGCAGCAGCCGCUGCCAACUUUGGAAAUUUCAGGCCGCAAUAUUCAGUGCCUGGUCAACCACCUACAGGUUUUCCUUCUUAAGUGAUGUUGCCAGUGACUGGAUUAACAGCCUUCUCUUCAAGACACAAAAUUCCAUGUUUAUAUUUUUUAAAAAUAAGAGUUUCAUAGUCUUAAGUAAGGAUCUUAUUUAUUCAGAAUGUAAAGUGUGUCCUGUGUUUAAAUUUUCUUAGCUUGAUGCUGGAAAACGAUUGGUCCUUUGAUUAAUGUAGAUAAAAUAAUGAUUGAUUUCCGAAAAUUGUUUAUUAAAACGCAAAUUUUCCA